GUCACCGCGCCCUCCUUCCCUCUCAGUCAACUCAGUCCUCCUCAGUCACACUUUUGCGAUAACUUUUCUCAGUACUUCUGUCAUUUAUCCCCUCUUUAACUGUUACUUCGACCACAAUCGUUUCCUUACGCCAUUCAACCACCCGACAAGCUCAUUCAAGACAAAAGCCAUCUUAUCAACUGGUGAAGCAACAAGAAAUCCGACAGAAUGAACAUGCCAUAUUUCAACUUGAUAGGCUGUUUCAGCCUGCUUUCAAUUAUCCAAAUUGGAUUGGUAGCAGGUCAAUCGUACCUUGACCAGAGUACCCCAUUAUAUGUUACGAGUCCGGCAUGCGCAAGUUAUAAAUGCGAGGUGGUGCGACAACCUGGUGACGCGCUUCACAUCAAUUGGUUAAACGCACCGUUUGGCGAUGUUAAGUUAGUAUUGGCGAGUGAGACCAAUGGGAAGUCGUAUACAAUCGCCGAAAGGAUCGCAGGAACCCAACGCGACUGCUAUCAUGGAGACACUGGACACCGACCAUGCGGCCAAUAUACCAAGAUUGUUCCAGCCAAUUGGACUUCAGGGAAAUACUCAGUUCAGGUCAUAUCUCUAUCCAAUCCUGAUAAAAUCGGAUAUACAGACAUAGUCACAAUCACCAAGUCGCGUCACAUGGCUAGAAACCGGACAAGUCUGAUUUUGUAAUUUCCCCAUCGUCAGACUUCUGACUUCUUGUCAGACAUCGCUCUAAUGUUUAAGUACAAUUAACUUUGUGAAGUAUGCGUCUUCUAUGGACUCCUUUUCCGUUAAUUUUAAUCCCAGACCAUUGUGUCCCCGAAUUUUUGCUCACAAUUACAAGAGCUCGGGGAAAAAUAACAGCUGGAACAA